UACUGCUUCUCUCUACUGCUCUCUACUGCUUCUCUAAGCUCACACUGUGAUAUUCUGAACUGACUUUUUAAAUUGGCUGGCAUUUACAAUUAUUGCUCCACCAUAUGCCAUCCCUGAUCUGCUGGUGGUGAUCUGCGUGCUGGCCAACUUCUGUCAGAUGCUCAGCCAGCAACCUUGGAAGUAUGGGGGAAGGAAAGCUAGUGAGUCAGUCCUCAGGCAGAGGGAGAAUUUUCGCUUUGCUGUAGCCCCACGCCAGAUAACGGCCAAGAUGGGUAGGGUGACUCAUCUAUCACUCCAGGAAGUCCAUAGUGACCUUGGGGAUCCUAGUGAAAUAGCUUCUUAAGACCAUUCCUCCAUCUUCACAGCCACGAUAUUGAUGGGGAUAACUAAUAGAUCCCAGGGUUAAACAUCUGAGAUCUAAGAGAACUGUUUGCCAGUUGGUAUAGACAACAUGGAACUAAGUUGUCUCAAUAUAAAGCUUGUUUAUAUUGUUUCUCGUUUUCUGUGCCACAUCUUUAUUUCCUUCCCUGACACUUGCACCCUUUGGAGACUAAUCUUAGCUGCAUACCUUCCUGUGGCCUCUCUGCUCUGUUUGCCAUUCUGGGAUAUUGACAUUUUGCUGAUUUGGACUAUGAACUCAGCUCUGGUCCUUCCAGGUACGGCAAAGUUGGGCUGCAAAGCUAAUGCAAAGAGGACUGAGCUUGUCUGAUCAAUGCUAGGAUGAGGCACCGGUGGGAGAACUAUGCCAGCCCUGCUCCAAUAAUUGUCAAUACAGAUACGUUGGACACUAUACCUUAUGUCAAUGGAACAGAGAUUGAAUAUGAAUUUGAAGAAAUUACAUUGGAAAGGGGCAAUUCAGGCCUGGGCUUCAGUAUUGCUGGAGGAACAGAUAACCCACACAUUGGGGAUGAUCCUGGAAUAUUUAUUACUAAGAUAAUACCAGGAGGUGCUGCCGCAGAGGACGGAAGACUUAGAGUCAACGACUGCAUUUUGCGGGUGAACGAGGUCGAUGUAUCCGAAGUUUCACACAGCAAAGCUGUUGAGGCGCUCAAGGAAGCUGGCUCCAUAGUGCGACUGUAUGUCCGUCGGAGGAGGCCGAUUCUGGAGACCGUUGUGGAAAUCAAACUGUUCAAAGGACCAAAAGGUCUGGGAUUCAGCAUCGCUGGAGGUGUAGGAAAUCAGCACAUCCCUGGAGACAACAGCAUCUAUGUCACAAAAAUUAUUGAUGGAGGAGCAGCCCAGAAGGAUGGAAGGUUGCAAGUAGGAGACAGGCUUCUUAUGGUAAAUAAUUACAGUUUAGAAGAAGUAACACAUGAAGAGGCAGUAGCAAUAUUGAAGAAUACAUCUGAUGUAGUUUAUUUAAAAGUGGGGAAGCCGACCACCAUCUAUAUGACCGAUCCCUAUGGCCCUCCAGAUAUUACUCAUCCUUAUUCCCCACCAAUGGAAAACCAUAUCCUGUCUUCAGGCAACAAUGGCACUUUAGAAUACAAGACGUCUUUGGCCCCCAUCUCACCUGGAAGAUAUUCACCUAUCCCAAAGCACAUGCUAGUGGAAGAUGACUAUACCAGGCCUCCUGAACCCGUUUACAGCACUGUGAACAAAUUCUGUGAUAAGCCACCUUCUCCUAGGCAUUAUUCCCCUGUCGAGUGUGACAAAAGCUUCCUCCUUUCAGCUCCCUAUCCCCACUACCACAUAGGCCUGCUCCCUGACUCUGAAAUCAUCAGUCAUUCCAGGCAUAGUACUGUAACUCAGCCUCCCACCGUGAAUAUCCAGAGGACCAUUUCAGUAGAAGGGGAACCUCGAAAAGUUGUCUUACAUAAGGGCUCGACAGGGCUUGGUUUUAACAUUGUAGGAGGAGAAGACAGGGAAGGCAUUUUUGUCUCCUUCAUCCUAGCAGGUGGACCAGCUGACCUCAGUGGUGAACUGCAGAGAGGAGAUCAAAUUUUAUCUGUAAACGGGAUUGAUCUUCGUGGUGCUACACAUGAACAAGCCGCUGCGGCACUCAAAGGAGCUGGCCAGGUGGUGACCAUUAUAGCACAAUACCAACCUGAAGGUAGGCUAGAUCCACCUGCUGAAACAGAAAUAUUGGGAGGGAUAGAAAGGGCGUCUUUAAAACACUGA